AUGGAUCUCAAAGUGGUCUGUGUGCUCUCCGUCAUCCUCGUCAUAGCCCUCAGCACCUUAGCAGAGGGAAGAACAUCACCAACAAAAUGCCAGUGUAAAGUGGCCCCCAGGGAGCGGAGAAACUGCGGCUACCCGGGAAUCUCAGAAGUGGAGUGCGCGAAAGCUGGAUGCUGCUUCAACGAUUCAGUCUUUGGCUUUCCCUGGUGCUUUGCUCCUAAAGAAAAGAAAGUUAGGAAAGUAUGUCCCACUGAUCCUAGCACCAGGAUAAACUGCGGCUUCCCCGGCAUCACGGCUCAGCAGUGCGAAAGUAAGGGGUGCUGCUUCAAGGCACAUCCCGCUGGUGUCCCCUGGUGCUUCUACCACCGCACAGUGGAACAAG